UCUCCGCUCGCCGUAGUUUAAAUCCUCGCGACCUCUGACUUGCAGUAAACUUCUCUACUUCCUGCUCGCCGUCUCAGUCUUAUAGACUGAAAAGGCGAUGGUUUUGAAGGAAAGGGAUUGUAUUUCGAUUGAUUUGGAUUUAAUUUGAGCACAAGAUGAGCUGGAUUCCUUUCAAAAUUGGACAACCAAGGAAACAGAUUGUUUCGAAAACGGUUGAAAGGGACUUUGAGCGGGAAUAUGAGAAGCUCCAAAAGUUGGAAGAACAGACAAAGAAGCUGCAUAAAGACAUGAAGAAAAGCACAGAGGCUGAUUUAGCAAUGUCUAAAGCAGGAGUGAAGAUCUCAGGGGACUUGUUGAGCAAUCCGUUGUGUGAGCAGGAUCUGGCUUUCCUUGAGUCCAUGACUGCUCUGGAUACAGCCAUGAAGAGAAUGGAUGCCUUCAAUCAGGAGAAGGUCAACCAGAUUCAGAAGACCGUGAUCGACCCUUUGAAAAAGUACAGCAGUGUGUUUCCAAGUCUGAACAUGGCGGUAAAACGCAGGGAGCAGGCUCUUCAAGAUUAUAAGAGACUCCAGUCUAAAGUGGAGAAAUAUGAAGAAAAAGAGAAGACGGGGCCCAUCAUGGUCAAGCUCCAUCAGGCCAGGGAAGAACUGAAGCCUAUCAGGGAAGACUUUGAAGCCAAGAACAAGCAGCUGUUGGACGAGAUGCCCAAGUUCUACAACAGCCGCAUCGACUACUUUCAGCCCAGCUUUGAGGCUCUGAUACGAGCUCAGGUGGCUUAUUUUACAGAGAUGCACAAGAUCUUCACUGAACUGACGGAUCAGAUUGAUCAGGGCGCUCUGACAGAUGAACAGAGAAAGCAAGAGAACGAGGCCAAACUGAACGAGUUGCGUGCGCUGUCCAUCGUGGCCGACGACUGAGACCCAAAACGGGUCUUACCCUGAUGUUUUAAUGAAGUCAUUUAAUUUAUUUCUCUUUUUUUGUUGAUAGUGCAGAAGUCUUUGUUUUGAAUAUCUUUUUGUCCGAUGAAGCCGUCAGAAAACACCAAUGGUGCAGUAAAAACUUGUAAAAGGAAUUUGUAAACGUGUUCAGAUUCUCAGCUGGAAUUAAUUACCUUUUCUUUUUUCCAGUCACUUUGUUAACUUCCUGUGUUUUGGUUUAUCUAGUCUUGUCCUUUCUUUUUGUUAAUAGAGUUACUAUAACUGACCAAUAAUUUAAUUUUUAACAGAUAAUUGACAUGUAUCUUACAGCUUUCCCAUUGACCACAGGCCAAUUUAUUCAAACCAUAACAUGCUAAAUAUUCGUUUUUUAUAUGUGAAUAUUUUGUUUUCUGUAGCAUUCAAACACUACAACAGUAUGUUCUUCAGCUUUUUAAAGGAUCUUCAGAAAAAAGUGUAACACUGCAAUAGUGAGGAGAAUAGUUGGAAAACUGUUACAGUGCGAUUGUCAGUUAACAGAAAUCAUGUUAGUCUGGUGUGGAUUCUGUGAUGAACUGCAUGUAUUUCAAUGAUACUCUGCCUCCCUCUGCUGACACAUGGGAAACAUUCUUCAUUUGUUUUGUUUUUGUAUCUGACCUGUGUUUGUGCUCAUUGUGUUUGUAAUGAAGGAAAGACCGGUUUAUACACAUUUACCAGUAGUCUUACAGCCAUAAUGUACAAGGGCCAAUUAUUUAAGCCACACAUUUUCAUCUCAUUGAUGUUGUGAAUAGCAUCAGUUACUGACAAUCACUAUGUAGUGAAGUUUUUAAACUGGAAGAGUCUGGAUCGUAUAACCAAAAGAUUAUUGGUUCGGUUUGACAAUAUUUCGGAUGUGCCUUCACAGUAAAUUGUUGCCUUUAUUCCUUUGUGUACCAAGCAAUGAAAUGUAAGCAUUAUACAAUAUUUGACUGCUUUGCUUUUAAAAGAAAUGUUUGACUUCUAAAAUAAUCGAAAACCACUGAAUUCUCUGGACCAUAGCCUUACGAUUCCCAAAAUUGUGUGCAUUUUUCGUCUGUAAAUUUGUUUUCCUUUAAACAAAUUGUUUGCUGUUGUUUCCUUGUCAAACAUCAUUACAUUAAAUUGGUUGUGGAUA